AUGACCAUUCCACUCUCGACCGGAGAUCGUGUCUUUGUUGCCAUUGCAUGGCCGUCGUGGUACUCGCGCCCGCGGUGGCGCUUGGGCCCACCGGCCGGCACCGUCCGCUACUGCGGAGCCGUCCGCUUUGAUGUCGAUGACGCGCUACCAGGCAAUCCUAUCUGGGUCGGCAUCGAGCUUGACGAGCCUAUUGGCAACACAAACGGUGUUGUCCGUGGCGUCCGCUACUUUGACUGCCACCAAACCCGCGGCCGCCUCGUGCCCAUCCGUAACGUUCGCCGGGCGCCUCCAGGGAUUCCUGCGCCGCGCGCCCGCCGGGUCGACGUCGCCCAUCCGACGCCUACCCCUGAGCCAGCGCCCGAGAAGUCCUGGGACGCAGCGGUUCCUCUCCGGCCCAAAUCCCGGUCGCCAAAGCGUGUUAUCGGCUCCGCCGCUCUCGCAGCCUAUCCGAUCGGCGCGCGGGUCGUCGUCGACGCUGCUCUGCCGUCUGCCGCCGCCGCCGGCCUCAACGGCCACUCGACAGCGCUCAUCGGCUCAGUGGUCUAUUGCGGUUCUGUAUCCUGGGCCGCCUCCACUCGCGACAGCGUGUGGGUGGGAGUCAUUCUCGAUGAGCCGUUUGGCAACACCACCGGCGCCGUCAACGGCGAGGUAUUCUUCCGCUGCCCGAAGCGCUACGGUCGCUUUGUGCCGGCCUCGCUCCUGGACGCUGACACUGCUGUCGACAGCGGCGACGAGAUACUGCUGGCCGACGAGCCAUACGUCCUCCACCGAGACGCCACGUCCACCUCGUCUGCCGUCGAGCUGGUGCUUGCCUCGCUAGUCGAGGGCAGUGUCGGCAUACAGCUCCCAACCGUCGACGAGGCAAGAGGCGUGGUUGCGGCGGCUGCCGCCGCCCUCUCGGCGGGUGCAGGCCAACUCGCAGACCUUGAUCCGAACGAGCAAGUUGUGCUUGCUGCCAGCGUGCUGGCCAACGCCCCGGUCAUCUUGUCGGUGCAGGAGGGGAGCUCAGCGUCGGUCUGGUUUGACGCUGUCGCCGCUGAGCUCGACGCAACACCUCCGGCACGGGUCUUCUUUGUUCCGGCCGACAGAGCCGAUUCGGUCGGAGCAGGACGGCUGUAUGCGCUGGAGGCAGUCGAGGACGUGGGGGGCCUGCGGAUGGUCAUGGCUCGCGGUCAUCAAGAAUGGCAGUCACCCUCGGCGCAGUGGCACUCGAAAGCGCAGGCGUGGAGUCCGCAGCUCCGGGCUGUCUUUCGCGCACCGGGUCUGCCGGAUGCAACCACCUUGCGAAUGACCGGCCGCGAGCUUGCAAGCGACGGGCGCUCCCUGCUGCGUGUGCACACCACCGGCUUGGAGCCCACUGCGUGCGCGUGGCGCUGGCCGCCGCGCGGCCGCUCGCAUCCGGGCCUCCUUACCGUAGUCUCUGCGAGCUCGGCCUUUGUGCGGUGGCGUGCACCCGAGGCGUGUGCCAUCGGUGCCAAGGUCUCGUGGACGGUGGCGCUUGCUCCGACAGCCCGCCCGCUGGAGCGCAUCAUGCCGUGCUCCGGAAAGCGGGUGCUGGAGCUGUGGCACACUGCCGAGUUCCGCGGCCUACUCCGCGGCACGUAUAUGAUCAUUGCAACAGCUGAGACAGCAGCGUCUGAGCCGGCGCUCGAGCGCCAGGUAUCGAUGGUCAUCGACGUGGUACCGGAGAAGGCACACGCGCUAUGGGGUAACGACGCCGUUGCCGCCACGCCGACUCCGCUCGACUGCGCCACCGGCGAGCCUCCGCCUACAGGAUCGCUGGCGGUUAUGCUGGGGCGGGCGCUGGUCGAUGCUGCGGCUGCGUCUGGUCGGAUCAAGAUCCACGGCGCCGGCCUUGUCACUCGCCUGCUUGACUACGGCGAGGGAGUAGUGGUGGUAUGUGCCAACCCGGACGAUGCGCUCGGCCCGGUUCAUGUCUCGUGGAUAGUCCGCCUUGGCAUCGGUGUUGUCGUCGCCUGUCAUCCGUGUCUCGCAGUGAGUCAGCUCGAGGGCGAUGUGGUCGAGAUUGGCGGGAGCGUGCCGCCCGGUACACGCGCCUUUGCAGUGGUGGAGGACGGCUAUGAGGUCGGCGACCACCGUGUGUUGGUGCUUGACGAGUGGAUGUCGGCUUGACCGAAGUACUGGGCCACCAGCAUGGCGAGACAGUCGACUCGUGGAAGGACCUCGUCAGGUCGGGCCUCAAUCACCCGCAGCAGCGCCCGCAACAGGGCUCGCAGCGCUGCCACCGUGUCCGAACCAAGCGGCGGCGGGUGGAUGGCCACCAGCAGAGCCCAUGCCCAAACUAGCGCCUCUCCUUCGCUUGCCACCUGUUUGGUGA